AGCGUGCUCAAGUCCACCCCGCUUGAUCGGCCAAUGCGCCAGUAGGGAACACACCCUGGCGCUGCAAAGCCAGCAAGGGUUGCUACAGGAAGUGACGCGAGAACGCCAAUGGGCAUUAGAGCCGACGGCCUGCUGAUUGACCAUUUCCCCCGCUUCACAGAGGUCGUCAAGGCGCGCGAGGCCUCCCAGCCCGCCGCGCUGCUGGCGGCCAGGGCGGGGGACGGCAAGCAGGCCCGGCCGACGGGCGCGCCCGCGAGCGCCGGCGGAGGCUUCAUGAGAGAGUUCUUCGGCGACGUGGCAAAGAUCCAGGCGCACAUCGACAAGGGGCGAAGAAUCGUCAAGGGCAUGGGCGGCAUCGUAGAAGUGGCGCUGCUGGCGACCACGAGGGAGAAGGAGGCGGCAGCCUCCGCCUGCCUCGAGCGGGAGGGCGGCGAGGUCCGCGCGCUCCUCGCCGAGUCCAAGGCCGCCCUGGAGCGGCUGAAGGCGAGGUGCGAGAAGGAGGAGGCGCAGCAUCCAGGUGGCGCUCAAGGGAAGAUCCGCGCUAACAUGCAGCUGGCCAUGGCCAGGAAUCCCGACUGGGGAAGCACCAGCAACUGCUGCAGGAGUUCCAGAAGACCCAGAUCGACUUCAAGCAGGUCUUGGAGCAGCGGUCGCAGCGGGAGAUGAUGCUGCUCAUGCCAGACGCCAGCGAGGAUGAGGUGCAGCAGCUGAUCCAGGAUGGAGGGACUUCCGCGCAGCUCAUCAUGGAGAGGAUGGCUGGGGCGCACGCGUCUAUCCUUGACGAAGUUCGGCGGAUCCGAGACAAGCACGGCGACAUCCUGCGGCUCGAGCAGAGUAUCGCGGAGC